AUGCCGCCGCCCAAUCAGCCGGACAUGCCACCGGCGCAAGCCGCGCCCGCCAUGCCUCCGGCGCAGUCGGGUGGGCCGGGCCUGAUGGGCACGUUCGCCUCGUCGGCCGCGGGCUCGGUGGCGGGCUCGAUGAUCGGCAACGCGCUCAUGGGCGGCAUGGGCCGUGGCGGCGGCGAGGCGCCCCCGCAAGCGGCGCAGCUGGGGUAGAGGUGCCUUGCCGUGCCGGGCCCUCGCGACACGGCGCCGGGCGAGGCGCGUUGCCGCGCAGAGAUGCCGGUCUCGCGCCUCUCGCGCCUCUCGCGCCUCUCGGCCGCGGGGGUUCGUAGAGUGCGCCAGGCAGCGUAGAGGACGGGGGAGCCGGCGCGAGCAGCACUGCUCAACGUUUCGUCGGCUCCCCGUUUUGUGGAGAGAGAGAGAGAGAGAGGGCUCUCCCCGCGAGAGGGUGAGAAGCAACGCGUCGUGUGUGUCGAGAGACAGAGAGGCGGAUCUGCGAUCUCAUCAGGAUGGUCACAGGUCAGAGGCCGUGAGACGUGAGAGGCGGCGCAACUUUUAUUCUGCUUAGGAUCGCGUGUCGUAUAUAGCACACACUGUCUGUAAUCUGUCUGGGCGGCGCCGCGGGCCCUCUCCCGACUCCCGUUCUCUUUUCGAUCUCUCGGCCCGAUGCUCUCGGCAGCCGUAUC